GGCUCCAGCCUUUGGCAUUUCAACACCAACAGUUCGGGUCACGCUGUGGCGGGGAGAGCUCGGGACCGAUGGGGAACUCUGGGCUGCUGGGCUGCUGUGUGAACAAAGAUGUGCAGGUGGAGGCCUCGCUCGCUGCCCUGCCUACCCAGCGAAAGUUGAGACCCUUGUUGUGCGACUUGGAGGAGCAGUUCAAGAAGCAUGCGGGCCAUGAUCAGGCCCUAGAUCAGAAGGAGCUGGCGGAAAUCUGGAUCAAGGCAGCUGAAGUGAAAGUAGGCAAAGUCUCGCCGGAGGAAGCUGCCUUCAUCGAGCAAAGUACUCAGGAGUAUUUUCAGAUCAUGGACACGGACAAGUCCGGAAAGGUCACCUACGAGGAGUUCGUGGCCGGCAUGCUUGGUGGGAACGAAGAUGUCGGUCAUAUGAGACAGUUGCGCAAACAUCUCAACACCAAGAUGAAGGACGAUCCCAAGCAACUGCAGAAGCUGAUCUCGUCCUUCAAAGAGUGGGACAAGAACGGUGAUGGCUAUGUGAGCCGUGAGGAGCUUGAGGAGCACUUGAAAGAGCUUCGAAAGCUUGCGAUGGAGGAUGGAACGAUCAGCAAAGAUGAGAAGAAACAGAUGGAUGAGGUGCAAAAGAUGAUCAAUGAGAUGUUCUCGAAUGCAGAUGUGGAUAUGGACGGAAAGGUCGACCUUUGGGAGGUCAUGGCCUACAUUUUGGGCAGAAAGAAGCAGCCGGUCGAGAUCUUGCUCUACGACAUCUCCAAGGGUAUGGCCGCGAAGCUCGGUCCGCUGCUCUUGGGGAAGAGCGCCGAGGCGGUCCACACCGGCGUGUUGGUCUAUGGCAGCGAGUAUUGGUAUGGUGGAAAGCUCUUCCGGAGCGACCCUCCCUGCCGCAAGCAGUUUGGCGAGCCGCUGACGAACCCCUGGGGCAUCCAGUUGGAGAGGUCGGAGCAAAGGCCGGACCUCCCCGUGGUCCGCCUGGGCUACACCUUCGUCACCCACGAGGAAUUCGUGGGAUGGCUCCAGGCGGAGGUUAAGGAGAGAUACACUGGCCUUCACACCUAUGACCUUCUCACGCAUAGCUGCAACCACUUCAGCAAUGAGGUAUGUACUUUCCUGCUGGGCCAGGGGAUCCCUGAGAAGAUCUUCGAACUUCAGAAGACCUUCCUCUCGGGUCCCAUCGUCGCGCUGCGACCCUUUUUGAACCGCUACCUGGGCGGGUUUGCUGAUCACCAGAAAGAAUUAGAUGAGAACUUCAUGGCAAAGGAUGGAGAGGUGGAGGGUGGUGCCACCGCCGAAGACUUGAAAGCAGAGAUGCUGGGCAGUGGCGAUGUGGUCCUCGUGGAGGGCGUGGAUGGCAUUCACGGCGCUGUGCUGGCCACCAUUCUCAAGGAAGAGAAGGGCAAAUGCGAGAUCAAGUACUUUGACCCGACCGAGCACCGGAUAGAGACCAUGUCCGGAGUUCCGGUGUCCAAGAUGAAGAGAACGUCCCGAAUGUCGCAAUGAGCCUGUUCUGCAGCGUCCGGGCGAGGUCGAGGCGUCAUGCGUCAUGCCAAUAUCGGACGUCCCA